AAAAUGUUUUCAGAACUUUCGUCCGUAGGCAAUAUUGUCUCCAACAAAAUGCACAAAAAGCAACCAUCCUUCAAAGAGAUUCUCUACUCAUCCACAAGUCCUCUCUUCGAUCAGGAUGGUGAAGAAAUUCGAAAGCUAUUCGACAAGUUUAUCAACUCAACCGAGGUGAAGCAAUUUAAGAGUUUUUUGGAGAGAAAUAAAAAGAUUGGUGAAAUCCAAGGUCAGUCCCACUCUCUCAAGUUUCUAAAACAAGUAAAUUUGGAGAAUUGCUUGUUGACAAGAAGAAACUGUAGAGAAAAGUUUAGUUUCGGCUUGAUUGGUGAAAAUUGUAGGGAGGGAAAUCUUUUCCUGACGAGAAUGAGUGGUAGCUUUGAUGAUGCAGUGAGGUUCGAUAAUCCUGUACAAGUGUCUAUGAAAUAUAUGGAUAUGCAGACUAAUCUUUCAUUUGUAGAUUUAUCAAUUCAGGCACCAUGGAAUGACAAACUAUCCCUCCUACACUCUCAAUAUUCAUCAUUGAACCUCCAGAAUCAUCAUGGUAUUGCUCUCCUUCUCAUAGAUACAGUUCACUUCAAUCAAACAUUCAUUCUUCAACAAUUACAAGCCAUCACACGUGAUUUCCACACCACCACUCAAUCCAAAUCAUCGAUCAUCCUCCUAGGAAUCAACACUAAACAGAGACAUGACAUUCUCACUCAAACUAUUCCACUCACUGGAAAGGAAUCUCAAAUUCCACUUUCUAGAGAACAAGGUGAAAAACUUGCAGAGAAAAUUGGAUGUUUCACCUAUUUGGAAGCAGAUAUUGAAUCAAAAGAUGGAUUGGAACACUUGAAACAAUUGCUUUUCAAAACUUUUUUUAUAAUUGAGGAAUUAAACAAAACUCACUAAC